AACAAAAGGAGGUCAACAACCUGAAGGCACGGAUUCAGGCUCUCACGACCGAAAGGGACUCGAGCAACAACCAAUUGUCGCACGAGGGCUCGCUCAAGCAAGAGCUCUUCCGCUUGGAAAAGGAGCUGUUACAGGAAAAGACCAAGAUUCGGGCACUUUCGGAAGAGCUUGACCACCCGCUGAACGUUCACCGGUGGCGCAAACUGGAGGGUAGUGAUCCGAAGCGGUUGGAGAUGAUUCGGAAGCUUCAGGCGAUGCAGAAGAAAUUGAUCCGCAAGUACGAGGAGACUACCAUAAAGGAUCUUCUUAUUUUGGAGAAGGAGAAACUGUAUGUCGAGCUGAAGACAAUUCUAGCGCGUCAACCUGGAGCUGAGGUCGCAGAGCAGUUGGUCGUCUACAAAGAAACUCUCAAGGGGAAACAAAACCAGAUGAAGCAAAUGGAAGACGAGCUCCAAAUGUAUAAGAUGCAAGUGAACGAGUACCGGCACGAUCUAGCUCGACUGGAGAAAGAGAAGCAACAAAUUCAGCAGGAAUGGAUCCACGGACAGCUCAAGUCGUACAGCAACCAGUUUAGCAAUACACGAAGCAGUAUUAGCGAGGAAGCAAAGAUGGGCUACGGAGAUCCCGCAUUGUAUGGCAAUCCAGAAGACUGAAGUUGCGAGAUGC